AUGAUUGCCAUACUGCUUUUAACUUUAUUGUGUUAUACAAUCAUUAUUUAUGUAACACGACCUCUUCCUUAUUUUCUCGUCAAUUUAAACAGUUUACAUCAAAACAUCGUGUUUACUAGCAAUGAUAUAUAUUUUGUAAAUGGUGUUGCAUAUGAUUUCUAUUCAAUUGGUGAGUUGGAUAGUCGAUCGAAACCAGGUUUACAAUGGAAAAAAUUUCCAUUGCCAAAUGAACAUAUUCCAGCAAAUAUUAUUCCUUGGACACCUCAUGGCCAUAAACGAACAGAAAAAGUGUCAAUUAACUUCUCAAACCAUUCAGAAACUAGUACUACUGGUCUUGCAUUUGUUGACCACAUUUACAUCGCUGGUUCACGAAAUUUAACCGAUCGUCGUGCAAACAUAAAAAGAAUGAUGACACAACAUCAGAUCAAUGAUUAUGAAUGGCGUACCAAAUGGUCACCAGAUAAUUGUUAUGCUUCAGAAAAUCGUGAAGAAAUAUAUCGAAAGAUUAAUUUGAAGAAAAAAUAUAGCUUAGAUCUAAAGAAGCAACGACGAUGCGCAAUUACAAUGGAGCAUAUUGAUAUAUGGCACGAUAUAGUUAAACGUAACUCUUCUCUAUCACUCAUUCUUGAAGAUGAUGCUGUAUUUGUACCGCACUUUCGAGAGAAAUUUGAUCGUACAAUUUAUACAGCUAUUCGUACGAGUGCACUUAAAAUACAAGGAUCGACAAGUUGCACUGAUGAAAAAAUUGGUUUGCACGAAAAUACCAAGGAGUGGUUUAAACAAGAUCCUGUCAUUUUCAUUGGAGGUUGCUCGAGCAAAUAUGAUAGUACUUUUACAAAGCAUCUAAGAGAUGCACAACCAAUAUUAACUACACACAAAGCGUAUCCAAGUCGAUGUUCUCAUGCUUAUUUAUUGACUGUUUGUUCAGCAAAAGCUCUAUUACGCCAAAUUGCUGCUCGAAGAAAUCCGUUUCUUCAAGCUGAUUUCUUGUUACAUUUUCUUAUAGAUACAUCACCUACACUUCAGUCAUUUUGGCUAGAUCCUCCAAUAGCCUAUCAAGGAAAUCAUAUCACGGAUCUAGAUGGAAUUCCAUCCUUUCAUCGUACAGUGUACUAA